AUGAAUAUGCUUGGUAGUAUGUUUUCGAUGGUCAAACCCAGAUUGGAUGAUCUGGGAACUGACCGUCUCAAUUAUUAUUAUUCCACAUUAAUUAUAAUGGGAAUGUCGUUGACAAUCACAGCUCGACAAUAUGUUGGUUCACCACUUCAAUGUUGGGUUCCAGCACAGGUAACAUUUCUUUAAAGACAGUUGGACCUGACAUGAGAUAACUCACGGAGUGUCUGACCUACACUAUUUCGCCGAAACUUUUGUCCACCGGUUGUCCGAAAGUUCGCCGACAGGUCGUUUUCUCCGCCGGUUCUCCAGCCCAUUUCUCUGAGUAGUUUUGCAAAAUUAUCAGAGUUUGACACGUCAUAAGUUCAGCUCACAAUUUUUGACUUCAGUAUCGUGAGGUCAAAUAUUGCUAAAAAAAUAUGUCGAGUCAAGAAAAUGUAGUUCAACUGUCUUUGAAGUCCAUUCAUAUCCGCUUAUCUAACACAUUAUUAACAAAAACAAAAGGGAUGGAAAAAUUAUAGGCGAGCGGUUGGAAUUCGCCGCUUUGGUCGCAUACUUUUUGCGAUUCAGAAGAAUCGUUUAUUUAUGGAAAAACGUGUCUGAGAACAGUGAGUGGGCGUCACUUCUACACAAAAAUAUUAACAUUUUUCUGCUCACAACUAAAAAAAUAUUAACUCCUUUUUCCCUUGAAAUUAAAUUAAUCAAUUUCGGUUUUGUUAUAAUUCAGACUGGCGAUAUCCGAAGCUACUGUAGGAAUUCAAAGAGCUGGGUUCUAAAUUAUGUCUUCUGAAAUUGGUACUGGAACUUCUUCUUUAUGAUUUUUCAGGAACUUCUGUAGUAAUUUUUUGAAAUGGAUCGGCGGAAAUAUUUCGAAACAUACAAAAAUCAUAUUAUUUUCUAGAAAAUGUUGUGUUUCAACUAACAUUUUCCUCCCAUUUUUAAAGAUAAAUUUCAGUUCACCAAAGCUUGGGAACAAUAUGCAGAAGAUUAUUGUUUUGUAUAUAAUACGUAUUGGGUUAAACCCAAUGAUAAAGUUCCGAAUUCGAUUGAAGAAAGGUUUGUUCUCCCUCUAGAAUUCCAGAGUUGAUGAUUUGAUUUUUCAAGAAUUUCUCAACAAUUAAUUUAUUAUCAAUGGGCACCAUUUAUCAUGGCAAUUGAGGCUGCAUUCUUCUAUUUACCUGUCAUUUUUUGGUCAAUGUUAUCUGGAAGUUCUGGAAUUAAUAUUAUAAAAUUGGUUGAAACUGCACAAAAAGCUGAAGGAGCUGAAGAAGGAGAUCGAACAAAACAAAUUGAUGUUAUUUGUCGACAUAUUUCGAAUAAUUUGAGAAAAAGAAAAUGUGAAGAAGAGACUUCGAAAUUGGCCAAAAUUCAGAAGAUUUUCGGAAUGCAACAUGGAAAAUUUAUUUUAAAGUUGGUUCAUUUUUUUCAUUCAAAAAAAUGUUAUUUAUACAAUUCCAGUGCCUACAUUACCACAAAAAUAAUCUACAUGACAAAUUCAUUUCUUCAAUUUUAUUCAACCAACAAAUUUCUUGGACAAAAUGAUCCAUAUUGGGGAAUGAGAAUUCUGAAUGAUAUUUUGCAUGGAACAGAUUGGGAAGAUUCGGGAAAUUUUCCUCGAAUUGCCAUGUGCGAUUUUCAGGUCAGUCACAAUACGUAACAUAUUUGCUCGUCGAAUUAAAACUGUGUGUAUUUAAUAAGAACAAGAAAAAAUUUGAUGGAGAAAAAAUUGAAAAAUUGGUGCAAAGAUCGAUCAGACUUUUGACGAGUCUUUUUUCCCUUAAAUUAAAAAUUUGAGGUUAGAAAAGGGAAAAAAAAACAAAUCAGAAAAUAGUUUUCAGAAAACAGAGGGCUAAGUUGGAAUUUGAAAAAGUUCAGAAUUUUGAUCGAUGUGCAGUUAAACUUAAAUUUGAAUAGCUCGUUUAACUAGAAUAAUUUAGAGAAGCGAAUUUCCACAAAAUUGGAGAAAAAAUGUUCCAAAGCCUUCCAGUGCAAAAUCCUUCUGAUCUUUUUUUAAUUUUGCAGAAGGGGCCCUUUUUUAAAGCUCUUAUUUGAUAAUAGAAAAAUGAAUUGAAUCCAGAUCUAAAAAAACCCUUUUUGCAGGUUCGAGUUCUUGGAAACCUUCAAAGACAUUCAAUUCAAUGUGUUUUAACACUCAAUAUGUUCAACGAAAAAAUCUUCUUAUUUUUGUAUUUAUGGUAAGUCAAAAAUUCUGAUUUUUCUGAAACCACGUCUUAUUCCAGGUUUCUAUUGGUUUUCUUUGUCACAUUAGUGGAUACCGUAUUCUUUGUUUAUAACAUGUAUACAAAAAGAAAAACUCGUCGAAUUUUUGCAACAAUUUUUGGAUAAUCAGGAAGAAUGCGAUAAAAAGUUAACAAAAACUUUUCGGAAAGAACAAAUUGCUAUUCUAUUGCCAGAAUUUUGUUUGCACAAAUUCACACCUGAUAUUAUUGUGGUAAGCAAUUUUUAAUAAUUUUUGAACUUUUUCAAGUCGGUGAAAAAUAAAUUUAGAAAAAUUGAGAAAUGUCUGGAGGCCCUGAUAAACAAAAAAAAUUUAGUAAUAUCUUUCAGCUUCUCAAAAUGAUUAAUAAUCAUACGGGAGAUAUUGUAUGUACAGAAGUUGUUGGUCGAAUGUGGAAUGAUUUUUUGGAAAAAGAAGCUGAUAAUGUGUUAGAUCGAUUGGUUGGAGGUGGAAAUAAUUCAAGUAAAGAAUCAAGUCUUGUCUCAUUAUCACAUGAAAGAACUCGUUUAGUUGCAUAA